AUGUCUCAGCCGCCCCCGCCGCCUCCGCUGCCGCCGCCGCCGCCUCCCCCAGAGGCUCCGCAGAGUCCGCCGUCCCUGGCGGCGGCGGCGGCGGCGACUCCGGGGGGGCUCUCGAAGCGGAGAGACCGGAGAAUCCUUUCCGGGAGCUGCCCGGAUCCGAAGUGCCAGGCGCGUCUGUUCUUCCCGGCCUCCGGUUCCGUCAGCAUCGAGUGUACCGAGUGCGGACAGCGGCACGAGCAGCAACAGCUGCUGGGGGUGGAGGAGGUGACCGACCCGGACGUAGUGCUUCACAACCUGCUGCGGAACGCGCUGCUCGGGGUGACAGGGGCACCCAAGAAGAACACGGAACUGGUAAAGGUGAUGGGCCUUUCAAACUACCACUGCAAACUACUGUCGCCCAUAUUAGCGCGCUACGGAAUGGACAAACAGACUGGCCGGGCUAAGCUGCUCCGGGACAUGAACCAGGGCGAGCUGUUCGAUUGCGCUUUGCUGGGUGACCGCGCCUUCCUCAUCGAACCGGAGCAUGUCAACACGGUGGGCUACGGCAAGGACCGCUCCGGAAGCCUCCUGUAUUUGCAUGACACCCUCGAGGACAUAAAGCGGGCCAAUAAAAGUCAGGAAUGCCUCAUUCCCGUGCAUGUGGACGGGGACGGGCACUGCCUGGUGCAUGCUGUGUCCCGGGCCCUAGUGGGCCGGGAGCUCUUCUGGCAUGCCUUGAGAGAGAAUCUUAAACAGCACUUCCAGCAGCACCUGGCCCGGUAUCAAGCGCUGUUCCAUGACUUCAUUGAUGCCGCUGAGUGGGAGGACAUUAUCAACGAGUGUGACCCUCUGUUUGUACCGCCUGAGGGGGUUCCCUUGGGCCUGCGGAACAUCCACAUAUUUGGCCUCGCCAAUGUGCUUCAUCGCCCUAUUAUUUUGUUAGAUUCGCUCAGUGGCAUGAGAAGCUCUGGUGAUUAUUCAGCCACCUUUCUUCCAGGGCUCAUCCCUGCAGAGAAGUGCACCGGCAGAGAUGGUCAUUUGAACAAGCCAAUCUGUAUCGCUUGGAGUAGUUCUGGUAGAAACCAUUAUAUCCCCUUGGUAGGCAUAAAAGGGGCUGCUUUGCCCAAACUGCCUAUGAAUUUGCUUCCUAAAGCAUGGGGUGUGCCUCAGGACCUCAUUAAGAAGUACAUCAAACUUGAGGAGGAUGGUGGUUGUGUUAUUGGAGGAGAUAGAAGUUUGCAGGAUAAAUACUUACUUCGGCUUGUUGCUGCUAUGGAAGAAGUCUUUAUGGACAAGCACGGUAUCCAUCCUAGUUUGGUGGCUGAUGUCCAUCAGUAUUUCUACAGGAGGACCGGUGUGAUAGGAGUUCAGCCUGAAGAAGUCACAGCAGCUGCUAAAAAAGCAGUAAUGGAUAAUCGCCUUCACAAAUGUUUGCUCUGUGGUGCCCUUUCUGAACUUCAUGUUCCUCCAGAGUGGUUGGCUCCAGGAGGGAAACUGUAUAACUUGGCAAAAAGUACUCAUGGACAGCUGAGGCCUGACAAAAAUUAUAGCUUUCCCUUGAACAAUUUGGUUUGCUCAUAUGAUUCAGUGAAAGAUGUCCUGAUACCAGACUAUGGCUUGAGUAACCUGACAGCUUGUAAUUGGUGCCAUGGCACAUCUGUGCGAAGAGUCCGAGGAGAUGGGUCUAUUGUGUAUUUGGAUGGGGACAGAACUAAUUCCAGGUCCACUGGUGGCAAAUGUGGUUGUGGCUUCAAACAUUUUUGGGAUGGGAAAGAGUAUGACAAUCUACCAGAAGCUUUUCCUAUUACUUUGGAAUGGGGUGGAAGAGUGGUCAGAGAAACAGUGUAUUGGUUCCAGUAUGAAAGCGAUGCAUCUUUGAAUAGCAAUGUGUAUGAUGUUGCGAUGAAACUUGUUACCAAGCACUUUCCAGGUGAAUUUGGGAGUGAAAUCUUAGUUCAGAAAGUUGUCCACACUAUAUUACAUCAGACUGCCAAAAAGAAUCCUGAUGAUUAUACUCCUGUAAAUAUAGAUGGUGCUCAUGCCCAAAGAUUUGGAGAUGUACAAGGACAAGAGUCGGAGUCCCCGCUCCCAACUAAAAUUAUUCUUACUGGACAGAAAGCGAAAACUUUGCACAAGGAGGAGUUAAACAUGAGUAAAACUGAAAGAACUAUUCAACAGAAUAUUACGGAACAGGCUUCUGUAAUGCAGAAACGGAAAACAGAGAAGUUAAAACAAGAACAGAAGGGGCAGCCCAGGACUGUUUCUCCCAGUACUGUUCGUGACGGCCCAUCCUCUGCACCUGCCACCCCUACCAAGGCUCCCUAUUCGCCAACCACUUCUAAGGAGAAAAAGAUCCGAAUCACAACUAAUGACGGACGGCAGUCUAUGGUUACACUUAAGUCUUCAACAACCUUUUUUGAACUUCAAGAAAGCAUAGCCAGAGAAUUCAACAUUCCGCCAUAUUUACAGUGUAUUCGAUACGGCUUUCCUCCUAAAGAGUUAAUGCCACCCCAGGCAGGAAUGGAAAAGGAGCCAGUUCCUUUACAGCAUGGUGACAGAAUCACAAUCGAGAUCCUGAAAAGUAAAGCCGAAGGGGGUCAGUCUGCUGCUGCCCACUCGGCCCACACUGUGAAACCAGAAGACAGUGCUGUCACCGGCAGACUGUCAUCUAAGGAGCUUCAGGAGCAAGCUGACAAAGAAAUGUACUCCUUGUGUCUUUUAGCAACGUUAAUGGGAGAAGAUGUAUGGUCUUAUGCAAAAGGUCUUCCUCACAUGUUCCAGCAGGGUGGCGUAUUCUACAAUAUUAUGAAGAAAACCAUGGGUAUGGCUGAUGGCAAGCAUUGUACUUUCCCACAUCUGCCUGGCAAAACCUUUGUCUAUAAUGCUUCUGAAGAUAGACUGGAGUUGUGUGUGGAUGCUGCAGGACAUUUUCCCAUCGGUCCUGAUGUUGAAGAUUUAGUUAAAGAGGCUGUAAGUCAGGUUCGAGCAGAGGCUACUACAAGAAGUAGGGAAUCAAGCCCCUCACAUGGGUUAUUAAAACUAGGUAGUGGUGGAGUAGUGAAAAAGAAAUCCGAGCAACUUCACAAUGUAACGGCCUUUCAGGGGAAAGGGCAUUCUCUAGGAACUGCAUCCAGUACCCCACACCUUGACCCAAGAGCCAGGGAGACUCCAGUUGUAAGGAAGCAUACAACAGGGACAGACUUUAGUAGUAGUUCCAUUAAAACAGAGCCUUCUGUAUUCACAGCUGCUCCUAGUAACAGUGAGCUUAUUCGAAUAGCUCCUGGAGUAGUUACAAUGAGAGACGGCAGGCAGCUUGAUCCUGAUAUGGUUGAGGCCCAGCGGAAAAAAUUGCAGGAAAUGGUGUCUUCUAUUCAAGCGUCGAUGGACAAGCACUUGCGAGAUCAAAGUACAGAGCAGUCGCCAUCUGAUCCUCCUCAAAGGAAAGUGGAAGCUGUGAGUUCUUCUGUGAAGUCUGGGAGUCUUCAGACUGGCUUACCUGAAUCUUUUCCUCUAACUGGUGACACUGAAAAUUUGAAUAUAGAAACAGCCGACGACUGUGUGGCAGGGGCACUGGAAGCAGCAUUCGCUGCAAGGUCAGAAGCACAAAAGGGAAGUUCUGUGGAGGAGCCCGAAGAGAUGGAUAGUCAAGAUGCUGAGAUGACAAACACAACUGAGCCAAUGGAUCACUCUUGA